CGGACCGAACCGGAUCAUGGAGAUUUCAUUUAGAGGGAAGCACGCGCUGGUGACCGGAGCGGGAAAAGGUAUCGGCCGGGCCACGGUUCUGGCUCUGGCCCGCUGCGGGGCCCGGGUCACCGCCGUCAGCCGGACCCAGGCUGACCUGACUAGCUUGGUGCAGGAGUGCCCCUCGGUGGUUCCAGUGUGUUUGGACCUGGCGGACUGGGCCGCCACAGAAUCUGCCCUGAAGAACCUGGAGCCGGUGGACCUGCUGGUCAACAACGCCGCCUACGCCAGUCUGCAGCCCUUCCUGGAGGUGACACCAGACCAGUUUGACCAGUCCUUCAACGUGAACGUCAAAGCGGUGCUCCACGUGUCUCAGAUUGUGGCUCGAGGGAUGAAGGCCAGAGGCUCCGGCGGCUCCAUCGUCAACGUCUCCAGCCAGGCCUCCUCAUGUGCUCUCAGGGACCACGCUGUGUACUGUUCCACCAAAGGGGCCCUGGACAUGCUGACCAAGGUGAUGGCCCUGGAGCUCGGGCCCCAUCAGAUCCGCGUGAACAGCGUGAAUCCCACUGUGGUCAUGACGAAGAUGGGCCGCCUGGGCUGGAGUGACCCGGAGAAGGCCCGGUCCAUGACGGCCCGCAUCCCUCUGGGCCGCUUCGCAGAGGUGGAGGACGUGGUCCACAGCAUCCUGUUCCUGCUGAGCGACAAGAGCAACAUGACCAACGGGGUGAUGCUGCCGGUGGACGGAGGCUUCCUGGCCUGCUGACUGACUGACUGUCUGCUGGUUGACCGCCUGCUG